ACUCAGCCUUGAAUCCUGCCUUUUUUUCCUUCUCACCUCUGUUGGUUCAUUUCUGUUGACUCUGUAAGGGAGCUGGAUCAGUCCCUCAGGGUCCUAAAGUGUCGACGCUCUUCAGCUGGCUUUCUGCAGUUCUGUGAAACAAACCAGAGAUGGCGGGCGAGUCAGUCCUCCUGGCCGCAGUCUCCCUUCUCUCUGCCUGUCAGCAAAUGUAUUUCACUUUGAAUGUUGGACGCGCAAGAUUAAAAUACAAGAUUGCACCCCCAGCAGUCACAGGGUCCCUGGAGUUUGAGAGAAUAUUUCGUGCUCAACAAAACUCUUUGGAGUUUUAUUCCGUAUUCCUCGUAACACUGUGGAUGGCUGGGUGGUAUUUCAAUCAAGUUUUUGCGACCUGUCUGGGUCUCGUGUACCUAUACGGCCGUCACAAGUACUUCUGGGGCUAUGCGGAAGCUGCUGACAGACGGAUCACUGGUUUCAGGCUGAGCACGGGGACUUUGACCUUGCUGACUGUUCUGGCUGUGCUGGGGAUAGCAAGCCGAUUCCUGGAUGAAUACCUGGACCUCCAUGUUGCCAAGAAACUGAGGCAUCCCUUCUGAGGUUUCCUCUUCCCUCCCAUGCCUGUUGAGGCCGUCACCAGUCUGCAGACAAUGCGGUGUCAUGUGUUAAAUAAAACUUUUAAAACUUUUCAUUUGUUUGUCUUGCCGUGGCUUUGUGGAAACACCCCUUUUGCUGGCCCCGCUGAAGAAGUGCACUUCCUGGUGUGGGCUCCCCAACACCACGGUUGCUGGGCUCUGGCUUUAGAAUGCGCCUUGAAGGUGUGACUGUUUCCGUGAGAACAAAGCCGGACCCACGUGCUGGCAUUCAUGUGGAUCAUCGCUACAGCUGCUGGCGCAGCUUCGGUCCUGAUGAAGAGUUCCAGGCAGAAGCAGCUCAGGCAGAUGGGCCCACAGCACUGGUUACAGCAGAGCAACAAAUGCCAGGAGUGAGAGAUGUCAAACACACGAGAUAGCAGGAGAAGAGAGUCACCGACGAGUCACAC